AUGCCAAAGGACUCACAACGUUCCUCAGAAGAAGUUUUAUGCGACAUAUGUGGUACCAUGAUUCAAGCUCAUGGGCUAGUCUCGCAUAUGAGGAAGUGCGAAAAACAGGAAAGGUUGAGGAUAGAACAGGCUGAGCUCGCUGAGAUCCUUCAGGAAAGUGCAAAGACGCGUGAGUACUACUUCUUUGGAGCAAUUGAUCUACAUAUGUCAUCUUAUCAAUAUGCAGAUCACCGCAAAAAGUCUCACCAAUCUAACAAACCCAUGCCAGAUGAUAUUAAAGUGGAAUAUCACCCACACAGUAAGAUACCCUCGACCAUCCAUCGUUUUGUAGACUUUUCCCGUCACCAUUCUAUGGAAGAUUCUGUGCCUCGUUGUCAUAUCCCCACUUCUCCGUGGGAACCUUUCCGAACGCGACUGGACUUUGAGGUUGCAGAGAUAGCACUUGAGGCAGCAAUGACAAAGGACCAAACCAACCGGCUCUUUAACCUCCUGCACCGCUCUGCAUGUGGUAAAGAGGCUUUCACAUUGCAAAGUCAUGAUGAAGUCCGUUUGUUUUGGGAGAUGGCUUCCGAACGGUUCACACCACCCUGGACUGCCAAUGCAUUUUGGGAUGCUCAAUCGCGACUUCCACCAGAUGCUAAGUCACUCGCAUUCAUUCUUUAUGCCGAUAAAAAUAAGUUGUCAUCUUUUGGAACUCAAAAGGGCUAUCCGAUUAUAGCUCGAGUUGUGGGUUGGCUGCCAAUUGUCAACGAAAAUCAAAAGGAUAGCGGAAAAGCAAGUUUUGUGAAUUUCAAGAAUGCAGUUUGGCAUGAGUCGUUUUUGCAGCUUAUAGAUGCUGACUAUGAGGAACAAUGUAUCAUGUCCUUGAUUCGUGGAUUGAAAGGCAAAUUCCUUUGUCCAGUUUGUCUGGUCCCCCAAGAUAUGCAGUCUAUCUACACAGAGGAACUAACACUACACACGAGUGCUGAGUCUCAACAAGUGCUGAAAACUGCAAGAUUGGCCAAGACAAAAAAGGCCAGAGAGAAUCACCUAAAAGCAUUCUUCUCGCUGUGUGAUGUUGAAAACGUUUUUUGGAAAGUUCAUCAUUGUGAUAUCCAUCAUGCGCUCUCAUGGGAUCGCAUGCAUGCCAACAAUGGUGGGUUAUGGAGUGACCAUUUGUGGGUGGAGCUUCAGUUUUGGAUCACAGAUCUAGGUCGAGAAGUGGCUGUUCAGAUUGAUUCAAACUUUGACGCUUUCCCGAGAUGGCCUGACUUGCAGCACUUCUCACAUGUGAUGAAAAUAGACUUUACUGAUAGUGCAACUCAUGAAGAUAUAUCAAAGGUUCACACAGAGGAUACCAUUGCAGCUGUAAGAGAAACUUUGCGUGAAUUCUCGACACUGCUGGACGAAUACAUUACAAAAUCAGAGCCAGAAACUGGGAAGAAUUGGAACUUUCCAAAAAAGCACUCAAAUGUGCAUGUGUUCGACAACAUCCUAGCAAAAGGCGCCACUCGAAACUACAACACAAAGCCAAAUGAAAGGAUGCAUGGCCUGUUACAUGUGAUAUACCUCCGACAGACAAAUUUCAAAAAUGUUGCUACCCAGAUCAUUCGCUAUGACCAUUGGCUGCUGACAUCGACAUCUAUGCGUUCUGAGAUCGAUGACCUGGAUGAGUAUAUACGCCAGCAAGUCGUUGACCCUGAGGCAGGUGAAGAGAUCGAAGAAGUUGCAACACAUACAUAUUUGGGUGCGAGGCGAGGCAGUCAGCUGAACAGGUUCUUGAACGAGUUCCUGCCUCAAUUUGAAAUUCCCUUCCCAGAUGGGAGGCGUGUGCAUUUUCGACCUGAUGACCAGGUCACAGUAUUUCAAUACUUACGGGUGAAUUACAAAUUUAUGGUCGACUGGCAUCUAAAACGAGAUCUCCUUCGAUGCAACCCAUCUUUCUUUGGAUCACCAAGGUAUGAUUGCGUCAUGGUGAAGGCCCAAGACCAGCCUUUUUUUGUGCGUCUCAUUUUCUUGUUUCGCUGCUCAAUCGGCGAGAUCGUCCUUUCUUUCGCCCUUAUUCAUCCCUAUGAUGUUGCCAUCGCCAAACCUCGUGCAUCUCCGGAACUCGUUUCCAUUGAGUCCAUUAUUCGAGGUGCUGUGCUUGCCAGUGACCCUGCUACAGCUGGGGAUUAUUUCGUUGUAGACACCAUCGAUACCGACAUCUUCCUCUGA